UCUAUUGUCCAACGAGCAUCUUACUCCGACGUCUUGUCCCUUGUCCCCCAUGGUGAAAGUCGAGUGCCGGCCGGUGGUCGAAAUGCGGGGCGACGACAUGGCGCACAUCGUCCUGGUCCGGGAGAGGCUCAUCGAGCCGUACGUGGACGCCGACCUGAGGGUGUUUGAUCUGUCUAUCGAACAUCGCAGCCAGACCAACGAGACGGUCACCCUGGAGGCCACCCGGGCGCUCAAGAUGCACAACGUCGGCGUCAAGUGCGCCACCAUCACGGCAGAGAAGGACGUUCUCGAGAAGUACCACUUGAAGCGCUUGUGGAUGUCGCCCAACGGCGCCAUUCGCAAUGCCCACGGCGGUGACGUGUUCCGGAAGCCCAUCGCCUGCCGCAACAUCCCUCCGCUCAUGAAUCAGUGGCGCAGGUCCAUCAUCAUCGCGCGCCACGCGUUCGGAGACCAGUACAACAGCCAGGACUUCGUGGUCCCCGGACCCGGCACGCUCCAGAUCAAGUACUCGCCCUCCAUUGGAGCUACCUACAACCGUGACCAAAACCAGUAA